AUGCUUUCAGUGGCUCUUUUCUCUCUCUUCCUCGUUGCUGGCGCUCAGCCGCUGGAGCAAACGUUGACGGUCGAACCUGUCAAAUACUGCACAGAGCUCCCAGAUUACAACCCAAAAACGAAGAUCGCCGGUCCAUGGACGAUCAACGUCGAUGGAUGCUAUAAUGGCAAAUCAUCCCGCAGCUGCAGCAUCGAAGGGUUUUCCACCGGCGCCGAUACCACACGUCAAUUUGGCGAUGAAGGCUACCUCAACGGCCUGGUCACAAUAACAAGCCAAAAAGAAAACAUAAAAACUCAACUUCGCUGCAACGGCAACGAAGAAAUAACUCAAAUCGAAGCAAAUGUCCCCUACGGCUCCGGUGAUCUAGCCUGGCAGCCCGUCGGCAUCAACCACCACCCAGCCACAGGCCGACUCGUCUGGGGGCGGGACUUUGAGCCCGUACAGGUCUACCGGCACUCAAUGCAGGGUACACCGCUCAAGGGACUCUUCCUCGGCUCGAAUGGUCAGACGCAGUGGGUUGUCCAUUCGUCGGGUCAGGAUGUUAGCAUUGUUGAUUUCAAGCCGUAUUGGGUUCCCAGGCUUGUUAUUCUUGAUAUGGUUAUGAAUGCGGAAGAAUAUAUGACUUUUAUGAGGAUUGAUGGCAGCUGA